GUCAAUAAUUUGCAGCCAGGUGUUUUUUUGAUCCAUACACAUGUCACAUGUAUUUUUUUCGUACUUGCAAUAAAAACAGGAAAUUGGCCACUUUAUCUGAAAUGUUCGUGAGAAAAAAAUCGCCGGAGCCAAAGCCAUCAUCAAACUUCACCGGAGGGAUAAGUCCUUCGAGCUUUUAUGGGCUAACUCCGCCGGAAACCUUCAGUGGCAGUGCCAUGUCGAAAGCUUUAAUGAAUCCGUUGAUUUUCGACAUCAUCUCCUCCCAUCUUGAUGUACCCGACUUGAAGAAUUUUCGCCUCGUUUGCCACAAGGGGGCCGACGUCAGUUUGAAUGCAUUAGGAAAGCGAACCCGUCUCCGCGUCACGCAGCUUUACCGCUACGACGGGUCAAAUUUAUACCAGGCGAACCACGUCAACGAUCAACUCUGCCGGCGCCUCGUCGUCAGUGACAAAUCUGAUGAAUUUCACCACCACGUCCCCGACAACAAGAUGGUAGCCGUCAUCGUCAAAGUGAUCACGGACGUGUCCCCAAUCACUCGCGAUAUCGAGUUUCGCCUCAGUGAGGAGAAAUUUGUGACCGCUUUUCUCAUCGGGAUGAGGCUACUCAUGUCGAACAACAUCCGACACAUUUCGGUCAUGUUGGACUGCUGGUUUCCCGACAAAGUUCCAGCUCAAAUGCGUCGAAAACUUCCGGUUCAGGCUGGGUUGACCUCGCUCAAGUUGCACUACCGAGGUCAGUGUUUCCUUGACGAAGACAACCUUGAGCAGUGUAUAGUGUUCCAAAACUUGAUCGAUUCUGCGCCAAAUUUGACCUUUUUGGACUUCGCGGCACCGUUCUAUCCUAAUUUGGAGGGGUGUAAAAAUCUCCAAAUUUUGAAAUUUCAUGCAACACAUUGUAACCACACCGCCCGGUUGGACUUGGUCGCUGUGUCCGAGAUGUUGACACAGGUGAAGGAUUCCUUGAUCAGGAUGGAAUUUCGCAAAAGCUGCGAUACUGAGGUUUCGGACAUGACACAGAAUCCUUUCGUACCUCCCGUAAUGUCGAACCUUGUCUCUCUCACCCUCCAUGGUUGGACUGGUGACCUUUUGCCACCCAUUUUUGACAAGGAGUACCUCGGCCAGCUCCCAAAACUGAGAAAUCUCUCCGUUACCAGCAUCACCGGCUCCACAUUGGACCUCAAGUAGUCAACUAGUCCAACUUUGUUCCCACAACGGCAUCGAGUUGAAUCUCUCUCCAUGAAAGUUAGUUGGCCCUCGAUAGACGUCAAUAUUGCUGGAAGAAGGAUCGUCCAAUUAUUUCCGGCCGUUAAGAAAUUUGAUUUAACGAUGGAAACCACUAUCCAGCACGUCAAACAGAUGAUGAAACCCUUCCAAAUGUGGGACCUCGAGGAGACCAAGGUUACCUUGAGAUGGAUCGAUGAACCCGCUUUGUUGGUUGCAGUCCUUAAAAACAUGUCGAUUUGGAAGGGGGUCAAGCGUGUCCAGUUUCACGUAGUACGCAUCUCGGAGGACGAUUUUUCUCCAUACAUUCUACGUCUUAUCUGCUACAGUGAAGGAUUUGAAAGCGUGGAAAUCUUGGGGGUUGUGGUGCCGGACGUUGUGAGACUGAUGCGACCAAUUUUUGAAGCUAGUGGUGCACCUAUUACUUUUAAGGGAGGUGUGCAUCGCGAAAAUUAAUAUUGAGAAGAAAAACCUUACUUGGUAAAUAAUAAUUAAGUAAUUAAUUUGGGUUGGUUAUUUGAUGUUAAAAUUUCUCAAAAUAAUAAUACAUAUGUAUGUAUGUAGCAGAUUCAUAUGUAAAUAUGUUUGUACAUAUCGUAAAUACAUAAUGAGGGUAUUCAUUAUUUCUUCGUAUCCUUAGUAUCGUAAAAUAGUUUACGAAUAAACAAACAAGGAGUCGAAUAUCGUAAGCGUAGUAACGUGAUUUUUGGUGACAAAAUCUUACGACGUUUUCAAAAUCUUGUCACCG